AUGGAUUUACAAACCUUAUUACACAACCUACAUGAAGAAGUGUCCUGUUCUGUGUGUAUGAGCCCGUUCACUGAUCCAAAAAUAUUGCCGUGCUUUCAUACAUUUUGCCUUCAUUGUUUAAACGAGCUUCAAAGAACGAGUGGCAAGCAUGGCGAGAUUACAUGCCCGGAAUGUCGCAGAAAGUUUCAAGUUCCCGGGAGUGGUUAUCCUAAAGAUUUACCGGCCAACUUUCGAAUGAACAGUUUGUUGGAUGUAAUGGCUAUUCAAAAAUGUAACGUCCUUGGAGUGAAGUGUGGAAACUGCGACAAAACAAGCGCUAAAAGUUUCUAUUGCUUUAAAUGUUGCGCCUUCUGGUGCGACGAUUGCAUUGCAGCUCAUAACAUUAUCCGAGCCAAUAAAGACCACCGGGUGCUAGCGAUUAAGGAUUUUCAAGAUCAAGACAUUGAAGACGUGUUAAAAAGGCCAGUAUUUUGCCAAAUAGAACAUCACGAAAGCGAAGAGCUGAAGUUCUUUUGUAAAAACUGUGAAAACGCCAUUUGCAAUACUUGUGCUAUAACACUCCACGAAGGUCACGCUAAGUUGCUUCUCCAGAAUGUUGCCAAUGAACGAAAGUCAAGUCUACAGUCCGCGAUGGAAACUCAGAAAGAAAAGGCUCUUCAGAUGAGAAAUACGAUCACCAGACUACAAAGUGAGUGCAAUGAAAUUCAAGAACAGGUCGCUUGCGUGAAGAAAAGCGCUCAGAGUUUUAUUGACAAUUUAAUGAAAGUCUUUGAAGCGAAGAAACAGGAGCUGUUUAAAGACGUUGAAGACAAAGCUCAAGAGGUGAUCGAGCAUCUGCUAGCGCAACAGUCUGAGGUUGAAUACAAAUUACGGCGGAUCGAGACAUCAGUUGAAGAAAAGGAAAGAUUCUUAAAGCGAAGCACAAAUGCUGAGAUUGUGCAGUUUAACACCGUAAUCCAGGAGGAAGUCGCUGGCGAGGCAGAACUAGUCGACUGCGACCGUAAGGAUCUUCGCCACUUUGUGUUCUUUCCAAACAAAUCAUUGAUGGCUAAAGCAAACAGUGAAGGUGUUGGUUCUUUGGAACAAAUCAUCAGCAGCCAGACUAAAUCGAGAAAUUCAAAAACGGAAGGAAAAGGACUCACUAAGGUGACUGUUGGACUUAAAGCACAGUUUGUUUUAACGACACUAAAUGCUAAGAAUGAACAAUGCUACGAACAGUGUGAUGUCGUUACAAUGGAAAUCAGAAAUGAUAACGGCCGUGAAUGCGCCACUGAAGCACAAGUUCAAGAUAACAAAGAUGGCAGUUACAAUAUCAGCUACUUUGCCAAAGAAGCAGGAACAUGCCAGGCAUCAGUGAUGGUAAAUGAAGAACAUGUUAGUGGCAGUCCGUUCACUGUUCAAGUUAAACCCAGGCAAUACAAACCUGUGUUGUCAUUUGGAGGAGAAGGCUCAUCUGCUGGAAUGUUUAAUGGACCUUGGGGUGUGGCGGUGAAUGAACGUAAUGAAAUUGCUGUAACUGAUCGUUAUAAUAACCGAGUUCAGAUAUUUAGUAGUGAUGGAACUUACUUAAGGUCUUUUGGCAGUAUGGGUGAUCAAGAGGGAGAGUUUGAUAACCCUACAGGUAUAGCUUAUUUAAAUAGUGGAAACAUUGUAGUGGCUGACAGUAUUAACAACCGACUGCAAAUAUUCACUGAGCGGGGCGAGUAUCUUAUUCAAAUUGGCGGUGAAGGAAAUCUUUAUCACCAGUUUGUCUAUCCAUGGGGUUUGUCUAUAGAUAGUGAUGGUAAUAUUAUUGUUGCUGAUUCAAAUAACAAACUAAUCAAGAUCUUCACUCCAAGCGGCCAGUUUCUUAGAAAGUUUGGUGGAGAAGAUUUAUUAGUUGAUCCCUGCCACUGUAUUCAGAAGGAUCAAUAUUUCAUAGUAUCAGACCCAGGUGAUCACAGUAUCAAAGUGUUUAAUACAGACGGUGAUUUUCUGUAUAAAUUCGGGAAUGAAGGGGAAGGGGAAGGGGAUGGGGAAUUCAAUAGGCCCCGUUGCUUGUCUGUUGACAAAGCAGGGCACCUUAUGGUCUGUGAUUCUGCGAAUGACAGAGUUCAGAUAUUGGAACUGAGUGGAGAGUUCAUUACAGAGUUUGGACUAAUGAGCGAUAGGAUUGAAGAGUUUAUUGGACCAAUCUCUACCGCUGUCUUGACUGAUGGUAGGAUAGUAGUGUCUGAUUAUUGUGACGACUGCAUCAAGAUAAUUGAAUAAAUACCCUACAAAAUUGGUAACUUAGGAUGCGCUGGUUAAUACCUGCAAUAUUGUACACACUUCAUUUCAUAACACCCCUAAUUUGUUAUCAGCAAUAAAACCAUACCAUAAUUAUUUACGCAGCUGUUCUUCUUGAGAUUAUUUGUUAUACAUAGUUUAUCUCGUAGUUAGAUCUCUUAGUCUAUUUGUCUUUCAAAGAUAGUCUGAUAUACAGUCAAUUCCCUUCAUAGCGGACUCUGUGGGGACCUUGAGUUGGUGACCUCAUUAGCGAGAAUCCGUAAUAGCUGAAGUGUAUUGCAAUCAAACAUCUCUAAUAUAUUUUUAGAGGGGAUUUAGCUACUGUCCGUAUUGUCAGGGUGUCCGUUAUAGCAGGGUGUCCACAAGGCGAGAUUCGACUGUAGUGCAUACCGCGCGAGCGGAACUUAGUUUCCUUGAUUGCCCCCCGGAGGGGGCGGCAUGUUACGGAUGCUACCUCACUGGCUUGGAGACUGCUCGUAGUAUACUAAAAGAGUAGAAGCCGUCUGCAGAAACUGUUCAAUUUGUAUUUCGUGAGAAACAGGCUCUGUUGUCUGUGUAACAACUCUUGUUGGAUUUCGGAUUUUGUUUAAUCAACAUGUACCCAUUGAUUUUUCCUUCACACCUUUACGCGGCUCAUGCUGAAUCUGAUUCUACCCAGGCUACUGAUGAUAGCCUUACUAAACCUCCGUUUAGGGAUAAGGCGAAUAAACAAAUGAGGGACGGGAGCCAAAGGAAAACGGGUGUUUUGGUCUAACGAACAUUCAUUAACAUAAGCAAAUUAACACGCGCAACAGUCGAGCAUUUCUGCAGGCAAGGAUGCACAUCCAUGACACUCUUUUUUUCGAGAUUCUUGACUCUUCCUAUAGCGUUGAAACGAUACAAAACGAGUCAAGUAUUUCCUGAGGGAUGAAAUGUAUUCUUCAAGUCUUAAAGCAGAAGCUAAUCUUACCUUAGUUUGUUACUUUUCCGAUUAGGCUCUUGUGUUGGGAGUUUGUGAUGCAUAUCUCACGUUGCCUUCUUAUGCAAGGGUUAGUUAGGAGUUACCACCAGGAGUGGGGGGCGGGGGGAGGCGUGGGGGAGGAGAGAGAGAGAGAGGUUAGAUACUGGUCCCGCAGAAGUCAGUUGCCACUACGCCGCCAAUACUCUAUUGUCAUCAUUCUGCUAUUAAUAAAGAAUCAUGAAAAUAUUUGCCGCAUACUUGCUGCCACAGAGCAUGAAUUUUUCGGUAGUUUCUAUAGCCGAAACUUGGAAGCGAAGCUCAUAUUGUAGUGAACUUAAACAGGUAGGGUAUAAAUUUGUAAUCACCGCAGCGACAGAGUCGGGGUACUCUUAUCAAGAUUCGAGCUUUAAAGUCUUGAAGGAGCAUAAUUCACAUGAUACAAGUGUUUUUGAAUCGCUAUUCGUAGGAAUUUGUUUCAAUAAUGUAAAAAACGUCGUCGUUGGCGUUAUUUAUCCCUCUCUAACUCUCUUGCAAAAAUUUGAUAAAUAAACUAUUCUCUAAUCAAAUAGAACAUAUCUGGUGAUUUUAAUUUAGCAUAUUGCAAUUUCAAAAUAACUCUAUUACUGCACAGUUUGUAGGCAAAGGUCGGAAACCGAAGAAUGGAACGAGACGGAAGGGAAUCAAUAUUGUUUGAUCAAAAAAGAGAGCAAGAGGUGGAUAAGGAAAGAGAAAAGGAAAUUUCGGAGGGUGAAGGAGAGAAAAGGUGCGAGAGAAGACAGAAGGGAAAAAAAUGUUUGGUCAGCUAAGAGAUGAAAAAAAUCUUCAGGAACGAAUUGCUGCCAUGAAGAAUACACUGCAAGAAUUUUAAGAAUUAAAGACGGCUUACGGGUGAGUGAACAACUAGCGAUGGUUGGUGAAGAUUUAUUGUGUAUUGUUCGAUGAUGAUGAUGAUCGUGAUAAUGGUCAUAUUAUGGGUACGAUAGUCACAAACGACAUUGCCUGUCUACUGUCAUGCACUCCCCAUCAUAAAAGAGAAAAACUGCUAAUCGUAGGUAACAAUUGAUGAUGACUAUUUUUUCUCAAAAUGCCUUGCCUCGGCAUUUUGAGUAUUUUGUGACUACGUUGGCGCUUUAUGUUACUUCUAGUAGAACCAAAGUGAGAUUCUAAAUCGUUUUUGAGUAAUUCACGUAUUCUACCAUUCUUAAUAGCCUGUGAACAGACUCCCGGUUUGUUUAAGAUAACAAAAUCGAGCAGACGGAAAAUUAGGAAAACGGCGCAUCUUAGCUAAUGGUCACUACUAGUCAGUUAUUGAUAGCAACAAUUUUCAAGACAUCCCUACACACUCUUUCACUUCCUGCGUGAGGAUAUGAGAUUUUUCAGUGUCGGGGCAAACUGAACUGUCCAUUAUUUACCGGUGUCCAUAUUAAGUGGGUGUCUGUAAAGCGGGGCUCCAUGGUAGUGCAAACAAAAAACACUGAAAUUGAAAUUAUUUCAUUUAAAUAAUUAUACAUUGUCCUUUAGUAACGUUUUGAAGAGUGAGAAAACGGCCAAAAGGUCAUAAGUGAAGCCUAUGCCGUGAAGCGUCGACUGUACUGGUUCACCAUCAUUCAUUCAUCAUUCAUCAUCACUGAUUAAUUUUUCCUUUUCUCAGAUUCCAGUUAUGGGUCAUGGACCCCCCAUUUUGGAUUGGGUCGAUGGACCACUUAAUGGACCGGGCCCAUGGACCCCCUGUAAUGGACCGGGUCCUUGACCCCUCAAAAAAAAAUUAAGAAAGAGAAAUAAUAAUAAACAAGAUGCAAAUAAACAUUGUCCAACAGUAUUAUAGUUUUAGUGACAAAAUCAGGGACAAGUUCUGGGUUGGCCGGUCAUUUUGACCUGUUACGUGGACACAAAACAUGGACAUGGGAUCCAUGGACCCCCCCCCCCCCCCCCUUUGGGACCGGGCCCAUGAACACUUUUUGUUUAAGAAGGAAUUGAAAGGAGAAAUGAUCAAUAAAUCUUAUGUCGUGCUUCGACCCACAAAAUAAUGCAAAAAUAAGGUUUGGAGGUUUUGAUAAUCGAUAUUUACACCUGCUUACAUGAUACAUUUAUACAAAAUGAUGAUGAUGUAUGCUUACAGCCUGGCUGUAUGACUCUAAUGGUAAGUGUUUGCUCAGCGUUAAUUGUGGAUAUUUUUUUCUUUUUGCUGUUGUCUUUUUUCCUUAUACAAUUAAAUUGACUUUUGUUCUGGAUCAUGCUCCCCUCCCCUUUUCAUUUUGUUACCCGAGAAAUAACUUCUGAAGCACGAAGAAAUUUCCCCUUGUGUGACAGUGUUAUAAAUAAACAACCUGUAAACAAAAUAAAUAGCAAACAAGAUACAGGGCUCAAAAUAACUUUUUGACGGAGGCCGGUCAACAAAUGUUUGCUCGGUCAUCUCUGGACCGGUGAAAUAAAUAACUGUUUUAAAGUAAAAGGUAAUUAAGACAAACAUAUUGCCCCGUCUGCAUAGAUAAUUCUGUUUUAAUUUAACAAAUUACAAAGCCGCACAAUGUGGCUCGUCUCCUCUGUAUUUUCCAAAUUUGUGAUUGCAGCUAAAGUGUUUUAUGAUUAACAGUUUUUGUAAUUCCCAGAAUUCAUGUGUAAACACCAUGUACUUUUAUUAUUCUAGUUAUUUAUUUGAAAGUCGUCCUUUUAACCGGUCAAAAUGACUGGCCAACCUGGAAAUUGUCACUGAGUUUGUCACAAAAACUACCGUAAAAUUCCGAAAAUAAGCCCCUCGAUGUAUAACCCCCUCCACAUAUAAUCCCCCCAAACCGGUAACUCAAAAAAACAUCCUUUAAAUUGGCCCUUCCAUAUAUAAGCCCCCCGGGGGCUUGUACUUGGGAAAAUUGCCCUCAAAUACAAAGUAAAACAAAGCUAGACCAUACUAAAGCAAACACACUAAAAUAACUUCCAACUAUAAGACUAGCUCAAUCAAUUUUGAACCGCAAAUUAUCCUUGGUAGAUAAGCCCCUCCGAAUAUAAGCGGGGGCACCCAACGGGAAAUUUUGAGAAAAAACCUAAAAACAACAACAAAGCGUGAAUAAAGUUUUCUGAGACUAUUUUAAGCAUUUUGGGAGACUGCUGGAAAAAAAUUAUCUGUUCCUCACUCCCAGCAAGACUGAUGGAAGAGUUCCCAGCCAGCAAACUUACAACCUCCAACCCGACUUACUGGGAAGUUUCAUAGGGCACAAUUCAGAUCUUGAGUGGUAAGUAACCCAUACAAGUAACCCGUAGCAGCUAUUCUAGACUUCAAAUCCCCUCUCACACCCUGAAUUAUCUUUUUCCCAGCAAAACUUUCCUUCCAAGGACUAUUAUUUCUUCCACAUCUCCCAGCCAGCAAAAAUGUGCCUGAAGAACAGAUAUUUUGAGGAACAGAUCCAUUGGGUGCCCCUGUAUAAGCCUCUCCAAAAAUAAGCCCCUCAGAAGGGGCCUUUAAAAAAUAUAAGCCCCGGGCUUAUUUUCGGAAUUUUGCGAUCUAAUAUUGUUGGACACUGUUUAUUUGCAUCUUAAUUUACUGUUCAUUUCUGUUUACUUUAUAUAUAUAUUUUUUUGAGGGGGGCAUGGACCCGGUCCAAAAUGGGGGUCCAUGUACCCCUGGUCCAUAUUUUGUCCCCACUUCCUGGGGGUCAAGGGCUUUAAUCUCAAUUCCUAGAAAAGUCGGAAGUCCUUUCUUUAACAAGCUAUUGCAGGCAAAGUCAAAACAUGUCAAACAUUGUCUCAUGAUUGGUUGGUGUUGUCUGUUGCCUGACGGGCAAAGGGGCAAUUAACAUGAUAACAACUUCGCCGAAAAUAUGAUCAAUCCCUGAUUAUAACACUUCCGGGCGCAUUCACUCAAACUUGCAAAUUCGGUUAUGGAUUUGCAAACCUUACUACACAACCUACAUGAAGAAGUAUCCUGUUCUGUGUGUAUGAGCCCGUUCACUGAUCCGAAACUAUUGCCGUGUUUUCAUACAUUUUGCCUUCAUUGUUUAAACGAGCUUCAAAGAACGAGUGGCAAACAUGGCGAGAUCACAUGCCCGGAAUGUCGCAGAAAGUUUCAGGUUCCCGGGAGCGGUUAUCCUAAAGAUUUGCCGGCCAACUUUCGAAUGAACAGUUUGUUGGAUGUAAUGGCUAUUCAAAAAUGUAACGUCGCUGGAGUGAAGUGUGGAAACUGCGAUAAAACAAGGGCCCAAAGUUUUUAUUGUUUUAAAUGUUGCGCCUUCUGGUGCGACGAUUGCAUUACGGCUCAUAACAUUAUCCGAGCCAACAAAGACCACAGAGUGCUGGCGAUUAAGGAUUUUCAAGAUCAAGACAUCGAAGACGUAUUAAAGAGGCCAGCAUUUUGUCAAAAGGAACAUCAUGAAAACAAAAAGCUAAAGUUCUUUUGCAAGGACUGUGAAGUCGCCAUUUGUAACAUUUGUGUUGUAACACUUCACGAAGGUCACGUCAAAGUGCCUUUGCAAGAUGCUGCCAAUGAACGAAAAUUACGUUUGGAGGCCGUGUUAGAGUCUCAAAAGGUGAAGGCGCUUCAGAAAAGAAAUGUAAUAACUAGACUACAAAGUGAGUGCAAUGAAAUUCAAGAACAGGUUGCUUGCGUGAAAAAAAGCGCACAGAAUUUGGUUGACAGUUUGAUGAGAGUCAUUCACGCGAAGAAACAGGAACUUUUUCAAGAGGUGGAAGACAAAGCUCGACAGUCCAUCGAGCGUCUUGUAGAGCAACAGUCGGACGUAGAAAACGAAUUACAGCGGAUCGAGACUUCAAUUGAAAAAACUGAAACUUUCCUAAAGCGAAGCUCCAAUGCUGAGAUUGCGCACUUUAACACAUUAUUUCAAGCGGAAGUCACUGGCGAGGCAGAACUAGUCGACUGUGACCGUAAGGAUCUUUGCCACUUUGUGUUCUUUGCAAACAAAUCACUGACUGCUAAAGCAAACAGUGAAGGUAUUGGUUCUUUGAAACAAAUCAUCAGCCAGACUAAAUCCAGCAACUCUGAAACGGAAGGAAAUGGAAUCAAUGACGUGACUGUUGGACUUGAAGCACAGUUUGUUUUGACAACACGAAAUGCUGAGAAUGAACAAUGCUACGAACAGUGUGAUAUCGUUACAGUAAAAAUCAGAAAUGAUGACGGCCGUGAAUGCGCCACUGAAACUCAAGUCCAAGAUACCAAAGAUGGCAGCUACAAUAUUAGCUACUUUGCCAAAGAAGCAGAAACAUGCCAGACAUCAGUGAUGGUAAAUGGAGGACAUGUUAGUGGCAGUCCAUUUACUGUUCAAGUCAAACCCAGAAAAUACACACCUGUGCUGUCGUUUGGAGAAGAAGGCUCAUCUGCUGGAAUGUUUGAUGGACCUUGGGGUGUCACGGUGAAUGAACGUAACGAGAUUGCAGUAACUGAAAAACUAAAUGGCCGAGUUCAGAUAUUUAGUAGUGACGGAACUUACUUAAGGUCUUUUGGUAGUAAGGGUUAUCGAGAGGGAGAGUUUGAUUACCCUACUGGUAUAGCUUAUUUAGAUAAUGGGAACAUUGUAGUGGCUGACAGUGGUAACAACCGACUGCAAAUAUUCACUGGAAAGGGGGAGUACCUUACCCAAAUUGGUGGUGAAGGAAGUGUUGAUCACCAGUUUGAUUUUCCAUGGGGCAUAUCUGUAGACAGUGAUGGUAAUAUUAUUGUUGCUGAUUCAAAUAACAAACUAAUCAAGAUCUUCACUCCAAGCGGUCAGUUUCUUAGAAAGUUUGGUGGAGAAGAUUUAUUAGUUGAUCCCCUUCACUGUAUUCAGAAGGAUCAAUAUUUCAUUGUAUCAGACACCGGUGAUCAUGAUCAGUGUAUCAAAGUGUUUAAUACAGAAGGUGAUUUUGUGUAUAGAUUCGGGAAUAAAGGGAAAGGGGAUGGGGAAUUCGAUAAUCCACGCUGCUUAUCAGUUGACAAAGCAGGGCACCUAAUGGUCGUUGAUUCUGCGAAUAACAGAAUUCAGGUAUUAGAACUGAGU